GCCCAAAAGAGACCAAAACCCGGAAACAGGGAUCCACAACACUCUCUCUAUCUAACUCACCUAUAAAUAUAUUGCAAAUUUAACACAAAUAUCUUAGAUAUCACACAUUGCAUUAGUAAGAUACAUAAUCUCAAUUCUAUAACACUUGAUCCAAAUACUUUGGUCGAUUUUUGAUUUAUUUCUCAAACUAUACUUCGUUUGAUUUCAAUUCCGCAAUGGGUUGGGUUUCAGACACUGUUGACUCCAUCAAGUCAAUUAAACUUAGAGAAGCUUUGCACCAAGUCAUCACUCUUGGGAUGAUUGUAACAUCGGCAUUAAUAAUAUGGAAAGGGUUAAUGUGUAUAACUGGAACUGAAUCGCCGGUUGUUGUUGUUCUUUCUGGAAGUAUGGAACCUGGUUUCCAAAGAGGUGACAUUUUGUUUUUGACCAUGAGCAAGGAUCCAAUUCGUUCAGGGGACAUUGUGGUUUUCAAUAUAGAUGGACGUGAUAUUCCAAUCGUUCACCGUGUGAUUAAGGUUCAUGAAGGUCAAGAUACAGAAGAUACUUAUUACCUUACUAAAGGAGACAAUAAUCCUACAGAUGACAGGGUUUUGUACAAUUAUAACCAGGAUUGGUUGCAGAAAAAGCAUAUUAUGGGAAGAGCUGUCGGGUUCUUACCUUAUGCUGGUUGGGCUACGAUAAUCAUGUCCGAAAAACCUAUUAUCAAGGGGAUGUUUGUUUCAUUUAAACAGAGAAUUAAUAGUAUGUACUAGUAGGAGCAUUGGGGCUGCUGGUUUUGACAUCAAAGGAAUAGGCUAAGAAACAAUCACAUACACUAAUGUAAAAGAAUCUCAGAAUAUUUUUGAUGUUAUUGGUGAAAAUAAAUUACAUUUUCAUCAUUGCCUCCUUAUUGGAAUAAAGCCAAUUCAAUAUAUAAGCAUUAUUGUUUGAUGGCGUUGGCCAAAGACUAGUAAUAACGAAACUGCUUUUGUUGCCAUGGUUUUUAAAAAUCAAUUUUAUGAUUUCUUCUUAAA